AUGGCGGUCAAUGACCCCGCCCAUCCUGAACUUGCGCGCGCUGCGCAAGAUGUUGAAGGAGAGCCUGGACGUCCAAGUAGUUCUGAUUCCUUCCAUGGCGGUCGCGGAGUACGCUACCUCCCUCCUCCCUCCCUGCGCUACCUGAAGGCGUUGAAGCUGACUGUGCCACGCUGCACGGUGAAUAGGGUGCAGGUAACGCCGUCCACACUGCCGACUCAGACCUCAUGAAGCUCCGCCAGAGUGAAGAGUCACAGCGCCUUACCCCUGAUGCUAAUAUUGACUAUAGAGGCUGGGCGGAUAAAGGGAAGGACUUCUUGUUCCGCAAUAAGAAGAAGAAGGGAGGAAAGUAA